UUUGACGUCACAAGGAAUCCCUCGGUUUUUCUUCGACAUCUUAGCAGGUUCCCUAUGCUACGUAAAUUUUGGACAUUUUUAACAUAAAAUACUAUCAUCGAAGCCGUCAAAUGUAGUGAUAUGGCUGGAGUUUUUGACUUAGAAUUACAUGAUACCCCAGAGGGGGACGAGGAUAUUUCCGAUGACGAAUUUUUUGAGCCAGAACUUGAGGUAUCGGGGCGUGGUCAGAAUGUCAUGUGUGAAGAUGGGAUGGAAACAGUGGAAAUCACAGAAAAUACAGUAAACCCAGGGCAGUUAAAAGUGGGACCCCAAGACUUCGAGCUUCUCAAAGUUCUAGGCAAAGGAGGUUAUGGAAAGGUGUUCCAAGUACGAAAGAUCUCAGGGGCUGAUAAUGGCAAGAUAUUUGCCAUGAAAGUGUUGAAAAAGGCCACAAUUGCCAGAAAUGCCAAAGAUACUGCUCACACAAAAGCAGAACGCAAUAUUCUGGAAUGUGUAAAGCAUCCCUUUAUUGUGGACCUGAUCUAUGCAUUCCAAACGGGGGGUAAGUUGUACCUGAUCCUGGAGUACCUGCCGGGAGGGGAGCUGUUCAUGCAGCUGGAGAGGGAGGGCAUCUUCAUGGAGGACACAGCCUGUUUCUACUUAGCAGAAAUCACACUAGCAAUAGAGCACUUACAUUCUCAAGGCAUUAUAUACCGAGAUCUGAAACCCGAAAACAUCCUUCUGGACAAUACAGGACAUGUAAAGCUGACAGAUUUUGGCUUAUGUAAGGAGUCGAUAAAUGAGGGAGGGUUAACCCAUACCUUCUGUGGAACAAUAGAAUACAUGGCCCCUGAGAUCCUAACAAGGAGUGGUCACGGUAAGGCGGUGGAUUGGUGGAGUCUGGGUGCACUCAUGUACGACAUGUUGACGGGAGCUCCCCCAUUCACUGCUGAGAAUAGAAAGAAAACCAUUGAUAAGAUCUUGAAAGCCAAGCUAAGUCUCCCUCCUUAUCUCACGAAUGAAGCCAGAGGUCUCAUUAAAAGGUUGCUAAAGAAAAGUCCGCAGGAGAGGUUAGGGGGAGGUGUUGAUGAUUCCAAGCCAAUCAAGCAACAUGCCUUCUUCCGACACAUAGAUUGGAAUGAUCUUCACCAGCACAAAGUGGAGCCUCCAUUUAAACCUUGUGUGACCAGUGAGGAGGAUGUCAGUCAGUUUGACACCAAGUUUACCCGACAGACCCCUGUGGAUUCUCCCGAUGAUUCUGUGCUCAGUGAAAGUGCCAAUCAAGUAUUCCUAGGUUUUACAUAUGUAGCUCCAUCAGUUCUAGAAGAGCUGAACAAGCCAUGGAUUUCUGAGAAAGAGCCCCGAUCUCCUCGUAAAGUGGGAACAAGUUUUAAGGCUUCCAUGAGUCCCCAUCAAAUAAAUCUAGUAGAGGGGUUCCGAGUAGCAGGGCAGGUCAAUGGAAUGGAGGAUGUAGAGGUCAUGGACACAACGACCACGACCAUCCCCAAAAGAUCCACCUCCCCCGCAAUCGCCACCAAGAACACCACCUACAAGCAGGCCGCCUACCCCGGGAGCCAGAACCGACCCCCUCAUCUAAGGAUGAAUUGACUAGGGGCCUUUUUUAGGAAAAAAUUAGGAUUUAAUAAAUAAUUUUCUUACUUUAAUGGUUUUUUUUUAAUUGCAGGUUUAUUGAAAACUGCUCUGGACUUACAAUGUAUAUUUAUUGAAGUGAAUGGCUUGUGAAGUCAGGAAUCUGUUUCUCAAGCUUGGUCAUUGAUGCAUAGCUAAAAUGUACCAAAUUUUUAUAGUGUUGUUCUUGUUAUAAUGAUACACCUGUAUUGUUAAAAUGCGUGAUAAGAUGCUUGAUUAGGUACAUGUAUUUAGAAUUGUAAAGUUUAUAAAAUUACCAAAUUUUCUUAUUGUUGGUUUUGUUAUAAGCAUGUUUAUAGUUAGUUACCAAGGAUUGUAAAUUUAUAGAGGCCUUUUUUGUUCACUGACCAAAUUGCAAUACAAAUCUUUGUAUCAAGUACAUUACCAAGAACUUUUGUGACCAUUGUAAUUACACAUACAUUUGUAUUGAAAGCAAAAAGAGAACUUUGCCGCAGUAAUCUUGAUGUGUAUAGUAUUAAGAACAUUCUAAAUAGCACUCUUACUGUUGAUUAAUAUCUGCGUAUAAUAGAUUUGUACAUGUAUAAAGCAUUGAAGCCAUUGAAGCUGAAUUGGAAUUACACAUGUAAUUAAGAUUUUCUCUAUGAAUUAUGAUUUAACAAAAUUCUACUCUUUUAAAAUAUUUCGCAUUUUUUCCCUAGUGAUUAAUUGAAGGGUAAAUUUGUCCAUUCUUAAGAGUAGUUGAAGAUGAGUUUCCAUUAUUUAAAAAAAAGUGAAAUAUUAACUGUUUGAAUUUUGUUUCCAUUUAAUUCCAUGAUUUCCAUCUAAUAUAAAAUGGCAACCAGACAGUGUAUACUAAAGUGGCACUGUACACCGAUAUUAAGGAUGAUAUUUUCUUGUCUUUUUCAGAGAAUUCACGGACACAAAAAUGAUUUUAUAAUAACCUUUAAUAUGUGUCUUGGAUUAUUUUGUUGCUGUAUAUUCUAGAAUUUGUUAGUAUGCAGUCCCACUGUCACAGUAUAGUGGAAUAAUGUCAUAAAUAUGACUUUAUUGAGUUAACCUUGUAUUCACAUGUACCACAAUUUUAGAUCUUUACUUCUAUAAUUUGCCAUAAUAUGGCUGUAGAAAUUGUUUUGAAUUGCAUUGGGUAGGUGUUCAUCUUGAAGUCAUUUCAUAUCAAGAGCAGUGGUUUGAUUGUAGGCUUGCUGUGAUAAUUUGCUGCUGUUCAAAAUUAUACAUGUAAGAAUGAUUUGAUAUGCACAUUAUACAGAUCUAAUUUGAUGGAAAGCCAGGCCUUGAUUUUUUUUUUGGAAGAGGAAUGAUCGCUGAUUUAGGAAUUUUUUCUGUAUUCAUGUUACAUUCUGACUUGGGAAUACAUUUUGUACAAAAUUCAUAAAUGACACACAUUUUGAUUGUCUUUCUGAAAUGUAUUGUAAUUUAAUGCUCUUGUUCGUAAUGAAUACUUUAACUGUUGUUUUUUCUAAUAUGAGAACCUAAUGCAUUAAAAAUUCCUUGAGUUACUCUUUUUUUUUUCAAGAACAAAUGCAAUAAUAUCCUGAUUUUGAAAUGGUCAAUUUUUAUGUGUGACCUCCUGAAAGAUGCCCACUGCCAGUAUAGCAAUUUAAAAAAAAUCUAUUCUUUCUAUAUUUUGUUGAAUGUCCAAACAGUUUGUGUAGUAGAUCUUUUGGCUGUGCCAAAUAGGGACAAUUACCAAGAAAACUAGACACCUUUUUUCAUAAAUUUUUUGUUUAAUGUUUGACAAAUUGUUUGAAGGAUAAUGCAUGAUUGGCCAGUUGUAUUGUGUUCAUGUAAUUGGUGUUAUUUAUAGCACAACUUUGUUGAAAGUGUACAAAGUAGAUUGGCCACAUUGAUACAUACAUUUGUAUGAGCAGAAAUAGUGAAGGUUUCUUAAGAUAUUUAGAGAUUCUGUAGUUUAUAUUGAUUUGUUUUCCCCUUACUUUUAUUUUUUCUGCAUCCCUUAGCAAUUAACCCCCCCCCCAAUCAUCAGUACUAUGUUUUAUUGUUAUUUUAUUUCUGGGUGGGCACCAGUACCUGCUGGGCCUUUUAUUUUUGUACAGCAGCUUCAUCAUAAUCAUUACUGCAUAGUAUGACAUUUGUAUAAAGAAAAAUUCUAUCAGGAUAUUUUUUCCUGCUUUUGUAAAUACCUUAAUCAUGGUCUAAUUGUUAUAAAUUUUGUCAGAGAUAAUUUUCUUGGUAUACAUUUCUCUUUUUUUUCCCCUUCAAAUUUUCAUUUUGUUGAUCAAGGUAAAAGCUGUUCUUGGAAUUGUUUUGCUAUUGAUACAACUAUAAAUCUCAAAUAGUUCAAGUAAUGAUUCUAUACAUUUUUGAGAGACACGUAAUAAUAUUUCAAAUCAGAAAAUUGGGUCAUAAUCAUUACUUAGCAUAUCAAUCCACACAAUGCUUUUUGUAAUAAUUAUUCUGUAUAAUGGUUGACAGAAAAUACCUAAACGUGCACCAAGCACAAUGUACAUACAGUAUUUAGUUAAAAGAGCACUACUGUGAAAAUUGUAUUUUACCUUUUUAGCAAUGUUUACUUCAGAGAACUCCAUUUUUGAUAGUUAAUGCAAAUUCAAUCAAAAAUUCUAUGAUUUGUAUGAGUCAGUGGAGUUGUUUUCUAUUGCUAAUGUAAAUUGGCUUUAUGCACUGCUGUUGGAAAGCAUUCUUACUUUGUUGGAUGAAAGAGGAGAAAUCUAAUUUAUUGUAUGAGAGUUUUAAUUUUCUGAUCAUUUUAUUUUCUGUAGCAGGUUAUCCUCAUUUUAAAAGAAAGUAUCAUUUUAAGAAUUGAUAAUUAAAGCAAUGAAAUAAAUCAUGUGGAAAUACA